CAUCAUUCAGCAAAGCUAACUUGGUAUGACAAGGAAGCUUAAACACAAUACCGUACUGAAGUGGAGCUGGCUUCCAAUGACAGAACAACACUGAGGUAGCUGAGAGAAGAAGCAGGUGUUUUUCAGUAGCAGUUUGAUAUCACUGAAAAGUUAAAAGACACCCGAGGAGCUUUAUACCUGUUGGCACAAGCAGAUUUAAAAGCUAGAGACAGUAAGGGACCAUGUGCAAUAGCUUUUAGCUAGGAAGAGACGAAGAGAAGAAAAAAAGAACAGAGAAGGUUUUUGUUUUAAUCUUUGUAAAUUGUGUGAGCUGCUCUAAAGCAUGUUUAGGAAGUCUCCGGUCUCGUCAUGUUCCAAUGGGAGCUACCCCCAGGGACAAUCUAAGUUGCCUUCAACAUAUGACAUCAAGGUAGAACCAGGAGACAAAGUGGUGCUGAAGAAGAAAAUAACUUUGCUGAGAGGAAUAUCCAUUAUAACUGGCACUAUAAUUGGAGCCGGAAUCUUCAUCUCUCCAAAAGGAAUUCUCCAGAACACUGGCACAGUGGGAAUGUCCUUGAUUGUCUGGACUGUCUGUGGAAUUCUUUCACUCUUUGGUGCUCUCUGUUAUGCAGAAUUAGGCACAAGUAUUAAGAAAUCUGGUGGGCAUUAUACAUAUAUCCUUGAAGCUUUCGGUCCACUUCCUGCCUUUGUAAGAGUUUGGGUAGAACUACUUAUCAUACGCCCUGCUGCCACAGCAGUAAUCUCUCUGGCAUUUGGACAGUACAUAUUGGAACCAUUUUUUAUACAAUGUGAAAUCCCUGACCUCGCUAUUAAACUCAUUACAGCUGUAGGAAUCACAGUUGUAAUGGUCCUGAAUAGUAUGAGUGUCAGCUGGAGUGCCCGCCUUCAGAUUUUCCUAACCUUUUGCAAGCUUGUAGCAAUUUUGAUAAUUAUAGUCCCUGGAGUUAUGCAGCUAAUUAGAGGAGAAACUGAACACUUUAAAGAUGCAUUUUUUGGAAAUGCAGCCAGUGUCAAAGGAUUGCCUCUAGCUUUUUAUUCUGGAAUGUAUGCUUACUCUGGUUGGUUUUACCUCAAUUUUGUUACUGAAGAAGUGGAAAAUCCUGAAAGAAAUGUGCCACUUGCCAUUUGCUCAUCAAUGGUUAUUGUCACACUUGGCUACGUCUUAACUAACGUGGCCUAUUUUACAACUCUCAGCCCCGAGGAUAUGCUAAUCUCCAAGGCAGUGGCAGUGACUUUUUCUGAACGUCUACUGGGAAAUUUUUCCUUAGCUGUUCCUAUUUUUGUUGCACUUUCUUGCUUUGGAUCUAUGAAUGGUGGUAUAUUUGCAGUAUCAAGGAUGUUCUACGUUGCAUCCCGUGAGGGUCACCUUCCAGAAAUUCUCUCCAUGAUUCAUGUUCGCAAGCACACUCCUCUACCAGCUGUCAUUGUUUUGUACCCACUCACUAUGGUCAUGCUCUUCACCAGUGAUCUCUACAGCCUCUUGAAUUUCCUCAGUUUUGCCAGAUGGCUUUUUAUAGGAUUGGCAGUUGCCGGGAUGAUCUAUCUCAGAUAUAAACGUCCUGAUAUGCCUCGUCCUUUCAAGGUGCCGCUGUUUAUUCCUGCUCUGUUUUCCUUCACUUGUCUCUUCAUGGUUGCACUGUCACUUUAUGCUGAUCCAAUUAAUACUGGCAUUGGUUUUGCAAUUACAAUGACAGGAGUCCCUGCCUACUACCUCUUUAUUAUUUGGGACAAGAAGCCAACAUGGUUUAGGCGAUUUUUAGGCAACAUGACAUCAACAUUACAAAUAAUCUUAGAAGUUGUUCCAACAGAAGAUAAUCCAGAUUUGUGAUCUUCAGCUAGAUGAAUCUGCAUUGUUGGACAAACACCCAAGUUCUUCACUGAUUAAAUGAACUUUUUUUUUUUUUUUUUUUGCCAAAAUGGCUUUUUAAAAAGUUUUACUGGAAGAAGUUAUAUUGGGGCAUCAGUUUUAACCUGAUACUUGAUGAAAACUUUAAAUAGAAUUGUUAUGUAUGUAUGUAUAUACAUACAUAAAAAAGUUAUCUGAUACUGUAUCAACAGUUUUGUAGGCAACUAUCUUAAAACUGUUGUAAAAUAGUGUUUAUCUUCUGCUUUGCAAAUGGAGUUGAUAUGGUAUUUUCUAUAUUUUAAAUGUAUAAAUGUCCAAUUUUUCAUACUGAUAUUUACUAAGAACAUUUGUUUUAAAAAUGUUCAUCAUAGCUGGAAAUAUUAAGAGUGGAUUAUAUGUGAAUUCUCCAUGCUGGACCUGAUGUAAGACAACAGUAAAAGAAUUGUAUUAAUACAAAAUUA